UCACGUGUACUAAUGGAAGGCUCUAAUUGGCCGGCAUCUCCUGUCAGUUGUGCAGAGGGUAACUCUGGAGUAACGCGGAACUGUGCACUCGGGAGUGUUGGAGAAGCUGGCACGAUGUUGCUCGUUGUCGGGAUAGUUUGUGUCGCUUUGGUCGUUUUUACAUUAAAAUAUGUCUUCAGCAGCUCCGGGCCCAAUCCCUUCGAGAAGGACACUCGUGAACCGUUAAAGAAGAUGGUUCACGACAGGAAGGAGAAAAACAAAGUGCUGAAGCAGGGUUUUCUGGCCAGUAGAGUUCCUGAAAACCUGGAUGCCGUCAUCAUCGGUAGUGGGAUCGGUGGUCUUGGGCUUGGGGUGCUGCUCGCCAAAGUUGGAAAGAAAGUCCUGGUUCUGGAGCAGCACGAUCGGGCUGGAGGAUGCUGCCACACGUUCACUGAGAAGGGCUUUGAGUUUGAUGUUGGAAUCCACUACAUCGGUGACCUGCAGGAGCACAAGCCGUUCCGCUGCAUGCUGGACAGCAUGACUAAUGGACAGCUGCAGUGGGAGCCUCUGGAGAAUCCGUUCGACCAGGUUGUGCUGGGACCUCCAGAGAACCGCCGCCGGUACCCCAUCUACAGCGGCAGGACCCGCUUCCCCGAGGAGCUGAAGAAGUGCUUCCCUGGAGAGGAGAAGGCCAUCGAUGAGUACUUAAGGCUUGUCAAGAAAGUCGGGCGGGGCAUUUGGCUCCUCGCUAUGCUGAAGAUCUGCCCCGUCCCCUUGGCCAAGUUCCUGGUCUACACCGGUCUGGCCCAACGUCUGUCCUUCUUCUUCAAAAUGGCACCUCGCAGCCUGACGGAAGUGGUGAAUGAGCUGACGGAGAACAAGGACCUCAGGGCUGUUUUCACCUACAUCUUCGGCACCUACGGUAACAUGCCUAAAGACAGCAGUUUCGCUAUGCACAGCUUACUGGUCACCCACUACCUGAAUGGUGCAUGGUACCCGAAAGGCGGCGCCAGUGAGAUUGCCUACCACAUGAUCCCCAUCAUUGAGAAGGCUGGUGGUGCUGUUCUGGUCCGAGCGCCAGUCAACCGCAUCCUGUUCAAUGACGCCAACGAAGCUUACGGUGUGAGCGUCAUGAAAGGCCAAGAGGAAAUACAUAUCCGUGCCCCUAUUGUCAUCUCUAAUGCCGGCAUCUUCAACACAUACCAGAAGCUGCUGCCCAAAGAGCUCCAGGCCAUGCCAGCCAUCCAGAAGCAGACGAGUAUGAUGAAGAACGGUGACGGUGGCCUGAGUGUGUUUGUGGGUCUGAAUGGAACCAAGGAGGAGCUGGGCCUGAAAGCGGACAACUACUGGAUCUUUGCCGAGAGCAAUUUCGAUGAACUGGUGGAGAAGUAUUACAAUGCAAAGAGGGAAGAGGCUGCUAAUAAUGUACCUCUCCUGUUCGUGGCGUCUCCAUCGGCUAAAGAUUCGACCUGGGAGGAAAGAUCACCAGGGAAGUCCACCGUGAGUCUGGUCAGUUUUGCCAACUACAAGUGGUUUGAGGAGUGGAAGGAUGACAAAGUGACGAACAGAGCGCCGGACUACAAAGAGCUGAAACAGACCUUCAUUGACUCUAUUCUGGAGGUGGUUUUGGACGUCUUCCCUAAGAUAACCAGAGACAAGGUUGAGUUCAUUGAUGCUGGCACCCCCAUCACAAACACGCACUAUAUCGGAGCCCCCAAAGGUGAAAUCUACGGAGCGGAUCAUGGCCUCGCCCGCUUCAGCCCUGAACUCAACGCUACAGUGAGACCUCAGACUCCUCUGAAGAACCUCUAUCUGACAGGUCAGGACGUGUUUGUGUGCGGCUUCGCCGGCGCUCUCGCCGGAGCUCUCACCUGCGGCUCGGUCAUCCUCAACCGCAACCUCCACCUGGAUGCCAUCGCCUUGGCAAAGAAAAUUAGAUUUACGAAUGUCAAAUUGAAAGAGGAGUAACUGCCUGAUGACAUUCAGCUGAGUGACCGUUGUACUUAUACCUUAUUUAAUUAGCACUUACGUCUAACUCACAAAACACGACUCAAGAGCGCCUCAGCACAGAGGCCCUCAGACUAAACCUAACAAGUGACUUGUUUUUGCUAUAAUAAACUGGAAAACUGAGUUUUCCACACCAACUCA